GAGCCACCAGUUAGUCCCUCGAAGAAGAUGGCCUGCAUAAUAUCUUCUUGCGCAGCUCUUUCAUCUCACUCACUUCUUUCCGCUGACUCACUCCCAACUAGCUCAACUCGCUAAAUCAUCAAACCCAAUUCCCUUUCAUGGGGCUUUUCAUUUCCCACCAUACACAUCUCCAUCAACAACAACCACCCAUCCUCUCUCAACAAGGUUUGCACACACUCUUCUUCAAUCUCUCUUUACCCUGGAAACUACUUUGAAAAGGGAACAAAUUUUAAGACGAUGGAAGCUUCGUUUUAGGAGGAGAAGCAGUGGAGGAGGACAGAUGAUGGAAGCCACAGUGGAGGAGGAGAAGCACUGGAGGGGGACAGAUCAGGCUAAUUAUUUUUUGGAUAAUAAACAUUAAUUGUUUAGCAACGUUUUCUGAACAGCAGCCACGGCAAAAGAGACAUGAGCAGCCAAGAGCUUAGCAAAAAUUGUUUUUUUAGAAAAAAAACCUUGAUAAAUGUGGCACGAAACAAACAAGUGGCACGUAAUUCCCAUAAGCCAAAAAUCUACUCGAGUAUUUCCCCUAUAACGCACAGAAUUCCAAAAUUCAAAAACCCCGCCACUAUAAUUUUCAAAAUCCAAACAAUCAACUUUCUCAUUCCUUUACACUCUCAUAAAUUCUGAUUUUUUUUUUUAAAAAAAGAAGAAACACUCAUCCUUCCUCUCUCUCCCCCAACCAAGAUGAAGAAAAAAAUGAAAAGUCGAAAAUCGCCAUUGCCUAUGGCAUCGCCACCAUCUCCAUCGCCACCAAAAUCUAGCAUUCUCAACAGCAACAAGAAAAAGAAGCCGAUCGCAUCUGUUGCUGCCGCCGCUGGUGUUUUGAGAUCAUCACCACCGCCAUCUCUUGAUAAAACCCUAGCUUCAAUCUCCGAUCUCAAGGAGUUAGCCUCUUCUCGCUUCGACGAUAUCAAGAGCCGUCUCAUCGAUCGCUCUCACUCUGAGAUCAUCAAAGAUCUCGAAGCCUCUCACUCUCGUCUCCACAAACGCUUCAAGAUUCAGAGCCAAACAUGCCAGCAGAUGAUGGAUGAAUCGGAGAAGGAUUUUAAGAAGAUGACUGAACGGGUUACUGAAACCACCGAAGCAAUGAAGGAGACAUACACAGAGUUCAUGGCAGAAGCACAAGCCACCGCAUCUCGUGUGUGCAAAACCACAAUCCCUGAGCUUGCAAAGUCCUUGGAGAAAUCCAUUGGUGCUCUCCAAAGCCGCUUCGGUAUUCCAUCAAAUUGAUCAUUUGCUGUGAUUUUCUCGAUCGUUUGUUACUCAAUUGGAUGCCGUCAUCAAACAAGUAAAGAUGUACAGAUUAAGCACCGUACCGGUGUUGGUUAGGGAUGAAAUUUAGAAGGACAAUGAUCUGCAACUCUCAGCCAUUUCUUAUCCUCACCUGAUAACUAAUGAAUGUUACAUUUAGAAAGACAAAUCUAGCUGAUAAUGGCUUAUAGUCUAUAAUAUACCGGAAGAAAGGAUUAUCUUUGCUUUAGUGGUUUACCCAUUUAAGAUGAAUCUACCAGUGCAGACUGUCAAGUGAGCUAGGCCUCCAAUCAGUUUGUCGAAGUGAUGUGUCUUUCCUUGUUUCCCUUUUCUCUCUUUUUCGUAGCUGUAUGUGUUCCCUCUUGGCAUUGUCGUGGUAUUAUUUGGUUUGGGAGUGAGAUUACAUUUUCAACUCUA